AUCUGGCACUGUGUGAGAGAAAGAGAAAAGUCAAAGGCGACUCUGUGAUUUAAAAUUAUUUUAGAUGUGUCAUUGGCCUGAGCUGUGGGGUGAUAGGUGAUGCCAUUUCUGAGAUGGUGAAGGCAGAAGAGAGAGCAGCUUGGGGGAAAUCAAGAGUUAGACUGAAGUUGGAUUUUUCCAAUUAGUUAUCCAACCGGUGGUGUCCUGUUGGCAGUUGGGUGUAAGAAUCUGGAGUUCAGGGCCAGAGAUAAACAGCAAGGAGUUAUCAUCGAUUCAUCUAACAAGGAUGUACCGAGCCCCGAGUACAUGCCAGGCACUGUUCUAGGUAUUAGGCGUUCAUCCCAGAGUCCCUCUUUCCACAGCGGAAGGAAGGGAAACUCUCUCUUGCCCUUCUGGGUCUUCUUCCUUUUGCUCUGAAAGUAUCCUAGUGACGCAUCAGCAGAUUUGCCAGCAUUUCACAGCAAACACUUACACAGGAACGAAUUUAGAGAUGGGAAUUAUGAAAAAACAAACAAACAAACAACAACCCAGCAGUGAAUUCCUCCGCACGUGGAUCUAAUUCCCCGUGAGCGCCCAGAGCUCGGCUGCCCCAGCUAGAGACCCUUUGGGAUCUUAGAGAGUUGGUGGGCUGCAGGGGAGAUUGCCCUAAAUGUGGGAAUGGGGCAGAGGCUGGGAGCUCCAAGAGGGUGGUGGCAGCCCCCCCAUCCACACCCCCCCCCCGCCCCCGCCGGGGAAGGGAGAGCACCCAGGCUGGGGGGUUGCUGAGAGGCCCUGCAGCUCACGUGUGGUGGGUGGGCCCAGAAGGAGCAGAGGUGCGGCCCUGCUGCCUCCCAGUCCCUUUCCCAGCCCACAGAGAUGUCCUCUUGCCUUCUCCCCAGGAUCCCAUUCUCUGCGCUACCUCUUCAUGGGCGCCUCAGUGCCGGAUCUCGGGCUGCCCCUGUUUGAGGCCUUGGGCUACGUGGACGACCAGCUGUUUGUGUCCUACAGUCACGAGAGUCGCCGUGCAGAGCCCCGCGCCCAGUGGGUCCAGGGUGGGGCCACUAGCCAGCUGUGGCUGCAGCUGAGUCAGAGCCUGAAAGGCUGGGAUCACAUGUUCAUUGUGGACUUCUGGACUAUCAUGGACAAUCACAACCACAGCAAGGUAACGAAGCUCGGGGUGCUGUCAGAGUCCCACACCCUGCAAGUGAUCCUGGGCUGUGAGGUACAAGAGGACAACAGCACCAGGGGGUUCUGGAAGUAUGGGUACGACGGGCAGAACCAUCUGGAAUUCUGCCCCGAGACACUGGACUGGAGAGCAGCAGAGCCUAAGGCCCAGGCCACCAAGCUGGAAUGGGAAGUGAACAAGAUUCGGGCCAAACAGAACAGGGCCUUCCUGGAGAGGGACUGCCCCGAGCAGCUGCAACGCUUGCUGGAGCUGGGGAGAGGGGUCCUGGACCGGCGAGUGCCCCCUCUGGUGAAGGUGACUCAGCGCGUGGCCUCGGCUGUGAGCACCCUGCGGUGUCAGGCCCUGAACUUCUACCCCCAGAACAUCACCAUGAAGUGGCUGAAGGACGGGCAGCCACUGGAUGCCGCGGACGUUGAGCCGAAGGAUGUGCUGCCCAACGGGGAUGGGACCUACCAGGGCUGGGCAGCGUUGGCCGUGGCCCCUGGGGAAGAACAGAGAUACACCUGCCAAGUGGAGCACCCCGGCCUGGAUCAGCCCCUCACUGCCGCCUGGGAGGCCCCGAUGUCUGGCACCCUGGUCAUUGGAGUCGUCAGUGGGAUCGCUGUUUGCAUCAUCCUCCUUUUUAUUGGAAUUCUGUUCAGAAUCUUAAGGAAAAGACAGGCUUCAAGAGGAGCCAUGGGGGACUAUGUCUUGGCCGAAUGUAAAUGACGGACAGCCUGCGACCCCUUGUGGGGAGGAGACGUGGAGACUCAAAGAGAGGGCACCGCUGUGGCCCUCUUGGUGUUCCAGAGCAGGACUGGACUGAAUGAAUGGGAACUGCACCAGGAAAUCUCUGCUUGCGUCCUGACUUCUUCAUUUUUGGAAAGUUCCUCCCAUUUCAGUUUUUGAGUUCCCGCGUGCCAAAGAGCCCCAGCGCUGGCCGCGGGACAGAACAGGCUCCCUUGAACCACCAGUUGCCUCUAGAGCCUGCCUUCACUUCUGCAUCACUUCCAACUCCACGUGCCCAAGUCAUCUCAUCUCCUACCUCUGGAAUAGCGCUCCUGAAAUCUGGGGGGCACACGGUUCCUUUCAACAUCUGAGAAAAACAAUGAACUUUCUCCUUGGGACAGAACACUCUCAUGCCCUUACCAGAAUUUUGCACAUACAUUCAGGCAUUUCCUAGGCCCAUCCGAGUUUCCUUUUGGUCCCCUCUCUCUCUGUUGUCCAGUAAUUCACCUGUCACCAAGCCCUCUGGUCUCUUCCAUCAGAGGGUGAAGUGGGUCAGUGUGCAGCGGCAAAGGCCGUGCACUGCACAACCCAAGGAGGCACCUUUCCCAGAAAAGCCAUUGUGGAUGCCUCUGUUUAUUUAUGAUAGUUUUCCAGAAAGGGGUUGGGAAAUGUCUUGAAAGGGGUAUCUUUUUCUAUUUGGUAGCAAGUUGUCACAGAUUCACACAAACUCAUGAUUUACAUUAAUGCAUUCAUAGCGCCUCUCUGGUGUGCCAGGCUUGACGUAAUGCAGUCAUUUCCUACCCUGGUCUCUGCUAUUGAAAGGACAAUGAAAAUGAUCCUAAGAAUGAUAACGGUAGUGAUAAGGGGGCUGACACUUACAUAUAUAUUUUUUUAAAAAGGCAUUUUACUUGCCUUUUUAAGCACCCACUUGCCUUCUGAGCACCCACUUACCGUAUAAUUCUCACAAUAAUGCUCUGAUGUAAGUACUGUUAUCCUCGUCCUUUCUUUAGGUGAACAAAAUGAGGUAAACAGUAGCUCACAGCCUGCCAAGGCUAGAGACGGGUCUGUAGCUCGGUCAGUCUGACUCUGACCCAUCUCACACGCCUGCGCAAUGUUUUAGCUGUGCCAAGAAAUGGAGAAGGGAGGGGCACGGCUCUUCCGUGGCCCCAGUGUCUUUAUUUUGCCCGAGCUUGACCAAAACGAAGGGAAAUAGUAGAAAAUAAUCUUCACCAUUUCCUUUCAAAGUCUCUGGGCAAAGAAGUCCAGCGUGUGGCUGGUUUCCUCUGCUGCCAGCCCGGGGCCGCUCUGUCCCGUGCGUCUCUGGCGCCCCCGGGUCACGACGGGGAUCGGUGCUGUGCUGCGGCUAAGCUGGACCGCACGGUGUUUUCGUUCCGCCUGCGCCUCCAGAGUCACAAUCCUGCUGGCAUUUCCCUCCAGGAACCAGAGUGACAUCUCUCAUAUUAAAGAGGGCAAAACAGACGCCACAGUGUGGCCUGGGGGUACCCUGGCAUAUUCCUGGGGUUCCAGGAAGUCUGUCUCUCUUCCCCAAUUGUGCACAUUAAGAAAAGAAACUCAUCUCACCAAGCUGCUCAGGAAUUACUCUUCUGGGAAAGUAAUCCAUCUGACGGUGUUCAAAAGAAAGUGACAUGAUGCCCAGAUGGCACGGGACUCCUUUCUGCUGCUAUGUACAUUCGGCCGCAAACAGUGCAACAGGCAUUCUGUCUCUGCGGCAGGUGCCUCGGAAGUCCAAAUAUAGCUCAACGGUUUGGUAGGUAUUGAAUUUGGGCAAAGAGAGCUCAACGAUUUUUUUUAAACUUUUCUUUUUUCCUGGUUACAGAAGUUAAGUGGAUAAAAGUACAUCUAAUUUGGGCUUAUUGUCAAAAAGUUGAAAAUGAGUUCAAUUGAAACUCUCAUUCCAAUUAGCUAGUGAUAAACGAUCUGUGUAUCUCUUCUCAGUUUUGCUAUAUUAACACAUAAGAUCAACAUAUACACUUUAAUAAACAUACAAUUAGUGUGUUGCAAA